UUUCUCUCAGCACCGUACCUGAUCACUGCUAGCCAUCGUCUUCCACAAUGAGCUCACCUCAACCACAAGCUCAGCGUCAGCUAUCGCGUCGCCGUGAUGCUCGCAGCCCUUCAAUAGAUUCCUCGGCAUCGCAGUCUCCAGCACCGAACCGUCGUAGACGCAGGGGCGGUCAGAACAGGCAGUUUGCCCCGAAUGCGGACGGUCUGCAAGGCCCGAUGGGUGGGCCAGAAAGGGCACCACAACAGAACAAUGCGAAUGCUCCUGCUGCCCCCCCUAAGGAAGACAGCAAGGGAAAGGAUGAAUCUCUCAAGCUACGGUUGGACCUCAACUUGGAUGUUUGGGUCGAGCUGAAAGCUAAAGUUCACGGAGAUGUUACGCUUUCGCUAUUGGAUAAAAGCUAAAUGACUUCGCUAUGUUGCAGUACUCCGAAGUCAUGAACACUGCAUCAACCAACCGAUACCUUACAUAUCCCCCAUUAGUUUUGCCAUUCUCUGUAGGUGGAGAGAGAGGUCUUGUCGGAUUCUUCUUGCUCUUCAUUAUGAUUGUAUUCGUGACGGACGUUCUCUUCGUUGACUUAAUGCUUUAUAUCGCGCUUUCCUCCUUUUCGCCCUUUCUUGUACUUUUACUUGUGGACCUCUACUAGUACUACGAUGCAAUACCAAGCCUCGUAAUGAC